AUGAUCGCUCUUGAUGAUAAGACGGAUCUGAUUGGGAUAAAACCAGUGGAAUUGAAGAUGGGAGAUGAUUUCAAAACGCGUGGAAUAGUCACAACAAUGCAGCCCACACUCGAACAAUAUUUCUGUUUCAUACAAUUGUCGAAGCUUGACGCAAAAGUGACAAAGGCAUUGUAUGAGCAUGUCAAAUCAUUAUUCUGGUAUACAGUACCAUGUGGAUUGCAAGUGGAUGUCAACUCACUCACUGAAGAACUUCCAAAAUACGAGAACGUGAGCAAGAUACUUGUAGAAGGGAAAUCAGUACUAGAACUGAACGAUUUGGACACUUUUCUGAGUCCGUAUUAUCCGAAUUUGAGUACUUUAAUGGUUAAUUCACCUAUUAAUGGAGAAGUGAACGAUUCAUCAAAAAUACUCGAAAUCAGCAAUAUUCAUUUAUCGAAACCUGGAUCGGUUGGCGCUAGUCUCUUGUCAAAAUUUACGGGACGAAAUAUUGUUUUUAGUCAUCUUGUCAUAACAGAGAAGGAGCUCAACCUGUUCAUAAGGAAAUGGAUGAAUAGUGAAGGUUAUCAGAAUUUAGAAAUGGUUUAUUUUAGUGCACCUCCUGAUUAUAAUCUCAACACAGCUCUAAUAAUCGAUCAGUUGGAAACAGAGGAAUUUGAUCCUACCAAACGGCCACAAUGGUAUCAAAUCGAUUUCAAGUGA